AUGGUGAUGAAGCUCAGGGCGCGCGCCAUCGUAUUCUCUCUCUGCCUGGGGCUCGCCUUCUUCGCCGGGCAGCCUGUAACUGUCCAUGGUGGCCGCGGCGGCGGCCAUGGCAAGAAGGACGCCGUUGUGGACAAGGUUAACAAGAUAGUGGCCAAGGCCAUCGAGGAGAAGCCCGGCGUCGGCCCCGCCCUCAUCCGACUGCUCUUCCACGACUGCUGGGUUAACGGCUGCGACGCGUCCGUGCUCUUGGACGGCAGCAAGACGGAGAAGAAGGCCAAGAACAACAUCGGCCUCAACGGCUUUGACGUGAUCGACGAGAUCAAGGGCGAGGUCGGCGAGGACGUCUCCUGCGCCGACAUUGUCGUCCUGGCCGCGCGCCACGCGACCUUCGUCGUCAGCCGCGGCAAGAUCGCCUACUCUGUGAAGACGGGCCGCAUGGACGGCGUCAGCUCCUCCGCCGCCGCUGCAGACGCGGUCCUCCCGCCAUCCACCUUGCGAUUCCCGCAGCUCAAGGCUAACUUCGCAUCCAAGAAUUUCACCGUGAGGGAGCUCGUCGUCCUCUCGGGCGCGCACGCCGUCGGCGUCGCCCACCGCUCGUCCUUCGAGGACCGCCUUGACGAUGACACCACCCCCAUCAGCGCCAAGUACCAGACGGCGCUCGUUGCCGACGUAGAGGCCAAGACGACGGCGACGGUGCCGGACCCGAUCGAGCCGAACAACAUUCGAGACAAGGAGUUCGCCUUUCGGAACGCGUCCGACUACGACGACAAAGGGGUGGACACGUCCAAGACGGCGAGCGGGGUGUUGGACAAUAGCUACUACCACGCCAACCUCCAGAACGCGGUGCUCUUCAGGUCCGACUGGGAGCUACGCAACGACACCACCGGCGAGGGUAGCAUGGAGACGUUCAAGGCCGAUGCCAACAAGUGGUACCUCCAGUUCGGCAAGGCCAUGGCCAAGCUCAGCGAGCUCCCCGCCGAGGGCACCCGUUUCGAGAUCAGGAAGAACUGCAGAAAAGCCAACUAG